AUGAAGAAAGCUGAAAUGGGAAGGUUCAGUAUUUCCCCAGAUGAGGACAGCAGCAGCUAUAGUUCCAACAGCGACUUCAACUAUUCCUACCCCACCAAACAAGCUGCUCUGAAAAGCCAUUAUGCAGAUGUGGAUCCUGAAAACCAGAACUUUUUACUUGAAUCGAAUGUGGGGAAGAAGAAGUAUGAAACUGACUUUCAUCCAGGUACUACUUCCUUUGGAAUGUCAGUAUUUAAUCUGAGCAAUGCGAUUGUGGGCAGUGGAAUCCUUGGGCUUUCUUAUGCCAUGGCUAAUACUGGAAUUGCUCUUUUUAUAAUUCUGUUGACAUUUGUGUCAAUAUUUUCCCUGUAUUCUGUUCAUCUCCUUUUGAAGACUGCCAAUGAAGGAGGAUCUUUAUUAUAUGAACAGCUGGGACAUAAAGCAUUUGGAAUGGUUGGGAAGCUCACAGCAUCUGGAUCCAUUACAAUGCAGAACAUUGGAGCUAUGUCAAGCUACCUCUUCAUAGUGAAAUAUGAGUUACCUUUGGUGAUCCAGGCAUUAAUGAACAUUGAAGAUACAAAUGGAUUGUGGUAUCUGAAUGGUGACUAUCUGGUUCUGCUGGUGUCACUGGUGCUCAUUCUCCCCUUGUCACUGCUGAGGAAUUUAGGAUAUUUGGGAUACACCAGUGGUCUUUCCUUGCUGUGUAUGAUGUUCUUUCUGAUUGUGGUGAUUUGCAAGAAAUUUCAGAUUCCUUGUCCUGCGGAAAUUGCUUUUCUAGUUAAUGAGACAGUAAACGGCAGCUUAGCACAGCCAGCAGCUUUUGUGGGUUUUAAUAGGACUGAAAGUGAUUCUUGCCAACCACGUUAUUUUAUCUUCAACUCACAGACUGUCUAUGCUGUGCCAAUUCUGACCUUCUCAUUUGUCUGUCAUCCUGCUAUUCUUCCUAUUUAUGAAGAGCUUAAAGGCCGCAGCCGUAGAAGAAUGAUGAAUGUGUCCAAGAUUUCCUUUUUCGCUAUGUUUCUCAUGUACCUGCUUGCUGCCCUCUUUGGAUACCUGACAUUUUACGAACACGUUGAGUCAGAAUUGCUUCAUACCUACUCUUCUGUCAUGGAGACUGAUAUUCUGCUUCUCAUUGUCCGUUUGGCUGUGUUGGUGGCUGUCACCCUGACAGUACCAGUAGUUAUUUUCCCAAUCCGGAGUUCCAUAACUCAUUUGCUGUGUGCAUCAAAGGAGUUCAGUUGGUGGCGUCAUAGUGUCAUUACAGUGUCUAUCUUGGUGUUUACCAACUUGCUUGUCAUCUUUGUACCAAAUAUUAGGGAUAUCUUUGGUUUCAUUGGUGCAUCUGCCGCUGCUAUGUUGAUUUUUAUUCUUCCAUCUGCGUUCUAUAUCAAGUUAGUGAAGAAAGAAUCUAUGAAGUCUGUACAAAAGAUUGGGGCUAUGUUCUUCCUGCUAAGUGGCAUAGUGGUGAUGACUGGAAGCAUGGCCUUGAUUGUGUUGGAUUGGGUCCACAAUGCCCCGGGAGGUGGCCAUUAA